AGCUACGUUUCGAGCGUACUCGUGUGGACGGGCCUUUAAACCUCAAGUAUUAUUAUAGAAGGAUUCAGUCAUCUACAACUCGCCUCUUUCCCGGUAGUUUUCACUUUCGCAACGUAACGUGUUUUGUCAACCUAAAUAUUAUUUGAAAAUUAAAUAGGCAAAUAUGAAUGCUAAUUUACCAACAUCAACGGAAAUCAGAGAGCAGUUUUUGCGUUUUUUUAUUGAGAAGUACGACCACGUAUAUGUUCAUUCUUCUCCUGUUGUUCCUCACGAUGAUCCAACUCUCCUUUUUGCUAAUGCUGGAAUGAAUCAGUUCAAACCUAUUUUUCUUGGAACGGUUGACCCUAGCAGUGAUGCAGCCAAGUACAAGCGAACUGUAAAUACACAGAAGUGUAUUCGUGCUGGUGGGAAACAUAAUGACCUAGAUGACGUUGGGAAAGAUGUAUAUCAUCAUACUUUUUUUGAAAUGUUGGGUAACUGGUCCUUUGGUGAUUUUUUCAAGAGAGAGAUAUGUCAUUGGUCCUGGGAACUUCUAACAAAAGUUUUCAAGUUACCUAGUGAACGGCUAUAUGUCACAUAUUUUGGAGGUAAUUCUGCUUUGGGCCUAGAUCCUGAUGAUGAAUGCAAAGAAAUUUGGAAAGAAGUUGGGCUACCUGAAGAAAGAAUUCUUCCUUUUGGUAUGAAGGAUAAUUUUUGGGAAAUGGGAGAGACUGGUCCUUGUGGACCUUGUUCUGAAAUACACUUUGAUCGCAUUGGUGGAAGAGAUGCUAAAGAUCUGGUCAAUGCUGACAUCCCUGAUGUCCUGGAAAUAUGGAAUCUUGUGUUCAUACAGUUUAACAGGGAAGCUGAUGGAAGCUUAAAACUUCUUCCCAAGAAGCAUGUUGAUACUGGAAUGGGUCUUGAACGACUGGUAUCUGUAAUACAGAAUAAAACUUCCAACUAUGACACUGAUCUCUUUGUUCCAAUUUUUGAUGCUAUUCAACAAGCUACUGGUGCUGUUCCUUAUACUGGAAAAGUGGGAGCUGAUGAUACCACUGGAAUUGAUAUGGCUUACAGAGUAUUAGCUGACCAUGCUCGUACGCUAACUGUUGCCCUUGCGGAUGGUGGAAGACCUGAUAAUACUGGUCGUGGAUAUGUUUUGAGAAGAAUACUCCGACUUGCUGUACGUUAUGCUACUGAAAAGUUAAAUGCCAAGCCUGGAAUGUUUGCAAGUUUGGUACCAGUUGUUAUUUCUAUUUUGGGUGAUAUUUUUCCAGAGCUUAGAAAGGAUCCUCAAACUAUCAUGGAUAUCAUAAAUGAUGAAGAAGCGCAGUUUUUGAAAACCUUGACAAGGGGUAGACUGUUAUUAGAAAGAGCAAUCAAAAAGCUGAGUUCUGAUGUUCUUCCAGGUGAUAUUGCUUGGAGGUUGUAUGAUACAUAUGGAUUUCCUGUUGAUUUAACACAGCUGAUGGUUGAAGAAAAAGGUCUGCAGAUUGACAUGGUCGGAUAUGAAGAAGCAAAAAAACAAGCUCAGCUCUUAUCUCAAGCAAAAGGUGAUGCUGGUUCAGAUGACAUUAAACUAGAUGUUCAUGCAAUUUCUGAAUUGCAAAGUAAAAACAUUCCUGCAACAGAUGACAUUCCCAAGUAUUCCUAUCGUGCUGUGAGUGAUAGUCCUGAAUCUAAAUAUGAAUUUGAUUCAUGUACGGGUACAGUAUUAGCUCUACGUGUCCACAAACAAUUCACUGAUGUAGUAGAAAAUGGCCAAGCAUGCGGUGUUAUUCUAGAUCGUACAUCAUUCUAUGCUGAAGCUGGUGGACAAAUUUAUGAUGUUGGUUUUAUGGUUAAAGAAGAUGAUGAGGAUACUGAAUUUGCAGUAAAAGAAGUUCAUCUUCAAGGAGGCUAUGUCAUUCACAUUGGUACUCUUUGUGGUGCACUGAAAGUUGGUGACAAAAUGAAGUUAUUGAUUGAUGAGGAAAGGAGAAAGUUGGUGAUGAAUAAUCAUACUGGGACUCAUAUUCUAAAUUUUGCUUUAAGAAAAGCGCUUAAAACAGAAUGUGAUCAGAAAGGUUCACUGGUUGCUCCUGACAAACUGAGGUUUGACUUUACCAACAAGGGAGCAAUGUCUGUAAGUCAAGUAAAAGAGGCUGAAUUAGUUGCAAAUGAAGUUAUUAGUAAAAAAAAAAACGAAGAAGUGCAUGCUAAAGAUGCUCCUUUACCAUAUGCCAAAGCUAUUCAUGGUCUUAGGGCUGUAUUUGGAGAGGUGUAUCCUGACCCUGUGCGUGUUGUUUCUAUUGGCAUUCCUGUUGAUGAACUUUUAUCUGAUCCAUCAGGACCUGGAGGCACUGCUACAUCUGUGGAAUUUUGUGGUGGGACCCAUUUGAAAAGAUCAGGGCAUGUAGGAGAUUUUGUUAUAUCUUCAGAAGAAGCUAUUGCGAAAGGUAUCCGUCGUAUUGUUGCUCUUACUGGACCUGAAGCUUCCAAAGCAAUUAAAAGAUCUGAAUUACUUCAAAAUGAAGUUGAAAAUAUAAAAAAUCUAAUUAAUGAUAAAAAUCGAAAAAUCAGUGAAAAGGAAAUUGUGAAAAAAGUAGUGGAAUUAACAGAGGAAAUUUCUCAGUCAAGUAUAUCCUAUUGGAAAAAAGAUGAAAUGCGAACGAAUUUAAAGAAUCUCAAAAAGCAGUUAGAUGAUUUAGAUCGUGCAAAUAAGGCUGCUAUUGUCCAUACUAUCACAGAAGAAGCAAAACAAAUGUUCCAAGGUGAUGCCAAAGAUGUGCCAUUCAUUGUUCAUGAAUUUAAAGCUGGCUCUAAUGCCAAGGCUUUGGAUGCUGCUUUGAAGCAAAUAAAGCAGUUUUCUCCCAGCACAGCAGCUAUGUUUUUUACCAGAGAUGAUGAAAAAGUACUAUGUAUGAGCUCCGUGCCAGCGAAUGCCACAUCUAAGGGUCUGAAAGCUAAUGAAUGGGUUCAACAAGUGUCACAAACAAUUGGAGGUAAAGGUGGUGGGAAACCUGAAUCUGCACAAGCCACAGGAACGAAUGCUGCAGCUGUACCAGAAGCCAUAAAUUUAGCCAAAAAAUUUGCUGAAAUGAAGCUUGCGUAGCUGUUAGUGUUAAAAUAUUAGUUAAAUCAAUGGACCAAAUAAAAUUUAUUAAACUAUAAA